GUUUCAGGGGCGGGGGGCAGCGGCGGUCCAGGGUUUCGCGUGGUGCCAGGAGUCGGGCGUGCCGCAGCCCCUCUCCCUCUUGGAUCCCCUGUCCUCUUCCCCCUUCCCGCCCCGGCCCGCGGUGCGAGGCUGGGAGCCGCCGCCCGGGGCCACGCCGUGCUGUCUCUGAAGGGUACAAACCAGAGCACGACAUGAGUCCUAAUAAAGAUGCCAGCAGUCUCAACAGCUCAGCAGUGGGACUUGUUUGUCUCCCGCCAGUCUCGGAGGAGCUACAGCUUGUGUGGACUCAAGCCACCCAAACCAGUGAGCUGGAUGGAAAUGAGCACCUGCUACAAGCCUUCAGCUACUUCCCCUAUCCAAGCCUGGCAGAUAUUGCUCUCCUCUGCCUGCGGCAUGGGCUGCAGAUGGAAAAGGUAAAGACCUGGUUCAUGGCCCAACGUCUCCGCUGUGGCAUUAGCUGGUCAUCUGAAGAGAUAGAAGAGACUCGAGCCAGAGUGGUGUACCACCGAGAUCAACUCCUUUUCAAGUGUCUUCUCUCUUUCACACACCAGACAGUGAGGCCCCCACAGGAGAUGCCUCCAGUCCCCGCUCCAGGGCAGGUUGCUCUUGGACUGAGUCCUCUGGCGCUUAGUGAGCCCACUCAUAUGAAAGGAUUGAAGGUUGAGCCUGAGGAGCCCUCUCAGGUAUCACAGCUGCCAUUGAAUCAUCAGAAAGUUAAGGAGCCCUUGGUGAUGGGCAGCAGAACAUUCUCCUACCAGUCAGAUGGUCAGGAUCUUCAGAUCAGUGGCCUCUCUAAAGAGCAGGCUAGCAGGCAUCCCAACCAGUCAUGUGGUGGAAAGACUGCUUCUCGGAAUCACUCCACAGCUGUCCAUCAGCCAGAUAACCCCCCACUGAUCUCAUUACUUGAUAAAAGUUGUAAGGAGGAAUCCGAACCUAGUGGAACACCUCCAUCUUCCUCUACCUCUUCUCCCUCUUUCCAGGUAUUGGCUAAUGGAACCACUGCCACCCCUAAACCCCUCCAGCCUUUGGGUUGUAUCUCACAGUCAUUCUCACCUAGUGAGAAGGCACUGUCUCCACAAGUAGAACCACUCUGGCCCCAAAGGCUACGGAAUAACUCAGUAUCAAGUAGGGUUGGCCCCACAGAAUACCUUUCCCCAGACAUGCAACACCAGCGAAAGACUAAGCGUAAAACCAAAGAACAGUUGGCCAUCCUCAAAUCCUUUUUCCUACAGUGCCAAUGGGCACGACGAGAAGAUUACCAUAAAUUAGAACAGAUCACUGGUUUACCUCGCCCUGAGAUUAUUCAGUGGUUUGGUGACACACGAUAUGCCUUGAAGCAUGGACAGCUAAAAUGGUUUCGGGACAAUGCAGUAAUUGGUACCCCUAGUUUUCAAGAUCCAGCCAUUCCCACACCAUCAACUCAUUCCUUGAAAGAAUGGGCCAAGACACCACCUCUACCAGCCCCACCACCCCCACCAGAUAUACGACCUUUGGAGAAGUACUGGGCAGCCCACCAGCAGCUGCAGGAAGCUGAUAUCCUUAAGCUGAGUCAGGCAUCAAGACUAAGUACUCAGCAAGUGUUGGACUGGUUUGACUCUCGAUUGCCUAAGCCAGCAGAAGUGGUAGUUUGUCUAGAUGAAGAGGAACAGGAGGAGGAGGAUGAAGAACUGCCAGAAGAUGGUGAGGAAGAAGAGGAGGAGGAGGAGGAAGAUGAUGAUGAUGAUGAUGAUGAUGAUCUGUCUUGUGGACAGAAGGACCAUGGUCUUCUAACUCAAUGAUGUUCUAGAACUGAGAAUCACUGGUAACAAUUGGUUAGUCAUAUGAAAAUAGAGUGUAAGACCCAAACUGAUAAUUAAAAAGGCCAAAAAUAAAAUUGUUUCUCUUCUCCA